UUGUCGAUAUAAGUGUUUUAUCAGUGUUUAUUUUAGUGCCGUGUACAUCAUAACCUAACGAUUGAAUUGAGUUUAAUUAUGUAAAGUCGUGUAAGGAAACGUUGGUUUGUAGAAAUGGGACGCAGCCCGGAAUGAAUCUACGACGUAGGGAUCUCUAACGUAAUCGCCGCUCACGUGACUGAUGAUGACGUCGAAAGCCGGUGCCUCUAAAGUGAAGUGACCUUCUCUCCGACAGAGAGGAACCAUCAGCCGAGAGAAGAACCUGCUUUAUCCCCGCAUAUCUCCACCAAAAGCUGACGAUGGGCGACGUAGCGAAGGGAAAGAAGGCGUUUGUGCAGAAAUGUGCUCAGUGCCACUCAGUGGAGGAAGGGGGGAAACAUAAGGUCGGCCCCAACCUGUGGGGUCUGUUCGGACGCAAGACCGGCCAGGGGGUGGGAUACUCCUACACCGACGCCAACAAGAGCAAAGGUAUCAUUUGGGGCGACGCCACCUUGAUGGAGUACCUGGAGAACCCUAAGAAGUACAUUCCUGGCACCAAAAUGAUCUUCGCCGGCAUCAAGAAGAAGGGAGAGCGCACGGACCUGGUGGCGUACCUGAAGUCGGCCACUUCCUGAAGCGACGGAUGAUCGAUUCAUGUCCAUUUAUGACUUUGUUCCCGUGUUUAAAGCUAGGCUGCCACAUGCUGAAUAUAUACCGUUUCAUGUUUAGUCAUUGCUGUUUUUAAAGAGUCUGAAGAGGUCAGGGUGGCGAAUCAGACGAUUGAACAAAUGACCAAACAUAAAACUAGAAUAAUGAAGAACAAAAUCACUUUUAUUUAAUUGUAACGCUUUGUUUUAAUGACGACACACGUCUGGUACUUUCUGCUUUCAACAUGGCCCGUGAUUUCACUCAAAACGAGCUAAAUCUGAGAGAAACGUUCAGGUGGUCUUCUGGUGCUCAGAGAGAGAGCUGCUCUACCCUGAGGUGACGGGUCAGAAACGCCCCUUUUUAGAUUCCUCUCGUAUUAAUAUUUAACUCUUUUAAAUGAUUUGGACUAACCCUCCUGCCCCUGUUUCAAAGAGGUCUGAAUCACUGUUAUCAGCCGGUUCGAUCCCCGCUGUGUCUCAUGUCCUGAAGAAGGAAGCGUGCGUUAUUUACCUGGUUUCACAGGAGAGAGAGAGAGAGGUGUGUUUAACUUAUUUGACUGUAACCUGCUGUGAGGAUGUUCACACACACACACACACACACACACACACACACACACACACACACACACACACACACACACACACUGUAUGCACUUAACUAUAAUGAUAAUAAUAAUGAUGAUGAUGAUGAUGAGAUGUCGAGCGGUGUGCAAACGGACGGAUGAAGGAUUAAAGAAAACGUCCAGAAAACA